AUGGCUGAAAAUACUUUAUAUGACAUUUUCAAUUUUCUUUGUAAAAAUGACAUUACACUUAAAAAUAUAAUUACUUAUGGCACACAAUUUAAUCUAAAUAAUGUAAUACUUUCAACUAAUUUUAGUCAUAUUUACGAAGAAUGGGAUUAUGUCCAAAGAGAUAAUAAGGCGAUGAAAUUGAUUCCUGAAAAGUAUGCUAAUCAUAUCUGUAUUAAGUCAACCCCAAAUGGCAAUUGUUUUUUUAAUAGUGCUUCAUUAAUUGCUUUUGGGCAUGAGGACAAUCAUAUGCAAUUACGUUUAGCUGUGAUGAUUGAAUUAAUGGCGAACGCGGAUCAUUAUUUACAACAAGAAAUUUUUGAACAAGACAUUUUUUAUCGAGACAAAGCAUUAGAUAAUAUAAAUAUGGAAACUCAAAAUAAUUCUUUUAAAAAAGCAAGUGAAUACAUUUCUGAACUAAAAUUAAUGUGUAAACCAAAUUCUUGGUGCUCUAUGAUUGCUUUUUUUGGAUUGGCAUCAGUUUUGCAUAGACCUAUUGAGUCUCUCUUUCCACAAACUGGUAAUACAUUUAUGAAUCAAAUUUAUAAUCGGAUUAUAAUGCCACGACAAGGUGAUCAUUUUUAUCCACAUUGUAUUAUUAUGUGGAGCUCUAUUUCUGCAAAGGAUUUUCAAAGUAGUGGUAAAUCCAAUCAUUUUGUACCAGUUUUUAAACGAAAAGAGUAUGAACAAUCUCCAUUAAUUCAAGAAGUACUUUCUUUGCAAAAUAAUCAUAAUGAUUUAACGGCUGAUAAAACAAAUAAUGAACAUAUUACUGAUAGCGAAGUAGAUCCAAACACUAUAAUUGGACUAUUUAUGGGAAUUGAUAGUGAUUUUAUUCCUAAUAGAAAACAACCUGAAUUCCCACCACAAAUAUCAAUUUCUGUUAACAAAACAUAUGAAAACAAUAAAACUUUAGUUAAACAAUGUUAUUGUGGAGGUUGUGACAAAAGUAAUCAAACAACAUUUAAAAUAGUUGUUAAUAAAAUGGAUCUAAUUCAAUUAAGAGAGGUUGUUAAAAUUAAUGUAGUAUAUUUGACAAAUAAAAGAAAGUGUAAGCAUUUAGAUGGAAAAAUGUUUGGUCAAUGUCGUGGAUAUGCAAGACAAGUAUUAGCGAAAUCAAAAGAUUUUGGAUCACCUCGUGACAUGAGGAAAAAAAUUUUAUUAAAUGUUAAAAAUGAAGUUCGUUACACUGGUAAUUGA